AUUUUUGUGGGAAGGUGUUUGCUGCUUUUCUUCAUGAUGUCUGAGCACCUCCUGCAAACCUGGAAUGUGAAACUGCAUCCUGGGGGGCAGCGUAGCAGGUGGCUUUGGAUAUGGCUAUUAAUGUGUUCAGAGGUAUUAAUGCAGAGAUGAUGUGACAGCUCUGCUCGAGCGGGGCGUUUGGCAACUUGUGUCUCUCACAGAGUAUUUAGGAGUUGGCAUUGCCCUGAAGCUGUCUCCUCCUGCACCCCCAGGGAAAUCUCUGGAGCUUCCAAAGCUGAGACCUCUUUGGAGGGCAACAAGAUGAUGGGUUUAAGGUUGCUCCAGGGCACUGUUAAAAGGCCUGAGGACCCUUUGAAGCUACAGGAAAUUGUCUUUAUUCCAUCCAGUGCUCUCAGUCUUAUCAGUCCCAAACCCAAAAUGCACACACUAAGUCCCUCCAUUCUUGGAGUCUUUGUGAUGAAGUAGUCUUUCCUAUACAUGUAUGGGCUUCAGUGAAAUUUGAAUGAAAAGUCAGCUUUAAACCCUAGCCUGCUUUUUGCUCUUGUCUUAUGAGGGAAGAGUGCUGGUGAAAUAUUUCAUGCCCCUGUUACGUGGUUUGUUGGGUUUUUUUCCCCUCCUAUCUUCUUGCUGUUUUCAGGCACAGAGUCCCAGCUCAGCUUUCCUUGUGAGUGCCCAGUGAUCCUACUGCUUACCUGUUGACAGCUCUUCAGUGUUGCUUUGCCUUCACUGCUGAUGCAGUUUUACUGGAAGGCAGCUCACCUUCCUCCUGCAGCCUGUAAUCACAUGGAAGCCUGUUCAGCCAUAGCUCUCCUGUGUUUUCUCUGAUGCCAUGGUGGUCAUUAUAACUGAGAAAGGAUUGUGCUCUUGCUGUGGAGAAAACCUCCCUUCUCAGGCUCCUGAAUUUCUCUGGGUUGAAUUUUCCACCAACAUAAUUUUGAGUGGCAAAGAAUAGUAGGAUAUUAAAUUUUAGUAGUGGUCUCUGAAACAGGUGCUCAGGCAGGGGUUAGGAGUAGUCCUUGGACAAUUAAUUCUGUUUUAUCAGAGCUAAAGCUUGCAGGGCAGUCAGGUUUUUUUCCUAUAAGACACUUUAAGCCACAUUUUUAGGGACUAUAGGUUUUAAUAAAAGAUUUUUUUUUAAUCCUGUAAAUUGCACAUUGUGUGCUGUGAUUAUAGAAGAGGCAGACUUUUAGAAAAAGAAAUUCAGUGGAUUUAUAUGGCAAGAUGCAACUUUAAAGAAUGACCAUGCUUUGACUGAAAAUGUUACUUUACCAGACUUGGCUGGGACUAGAUUUAACAUUUUAAAACACAUGUAGGGGUCAAAUACAUAAAUGGAGGAGCAAAUGGAAAGGUGCUUGUGUCUUGCCAAAGUAUCUGCCAUUGUGUGUACAAUAUUAGGGGUUUGUAGAAGAAAGUUAUUACCACUGCAGCAUUCUUUUGCUACUGUCAGGAUUUAGGGAAAGGAUGAGAAUCAGGGUUGGGAUACUUGGAAUAACUGGGAAGUUGACUGCCUGUCCCAAGGCAGUCCCUAAGGAAACAGCUGCAUAGGCUUUUCAGAUCUUUAGGUAGAUCUGUGCGGUUUGGGUUUUGCAAGCCAGUGGUCUGCAAUUUUGUCUGACAUUGUAUGAUAGAACUAUCAGCUGGAGCAAUGCAGGAAGGAAUAAAGCAAUCUGAGCAGCUUACACAUGGACUGGCCUUACUCUAAUAAGGUGUGGGGAUGGUACUUGGCAAGUUCCUUAGCAUAUUGUGGGAAGGCACUGAUUGAAUGUGGUCAAAAGCACUGAUUGCAGAGUGAUGGAGGCCGGAAGAGACCUCCAGAGGUCAAAUAACACCUUGGCUCAAGCAGGGCCACCUAGAACCAGUUACCCAGGACCAUGUGCAGAUGGCUUUUGAGUAUCCCCAAGGAGGGAGACUGCACAACCUCCCUGGACAACCUGCGCUGGUGCUCAGUAAAGCAGGAAAAAAGCGUUCAGAGGGAGUGUCCUGUAUUUCAGUGUGUGCCCAUUGCCUCAUCCUGUAACUGGGCAUCACUGAAAAUAGUCUGGCUCCAUGCCCUUUGCACCCUUCUCUCAAGUAUUUGUAUACAUUGAUGAGAUUUCUCUUAGAGCUGCUGAGUUGACAUAGUGUAUAGAUGUUCUCCAUACUUUCCAGCUGCCCUGUAAGCAGGACUGGGUUUCAGACCUGCCUUUUCGGAAAAGAGAAAGGGGAAUGUUGCUGUUACAGGAUGAGUGAUGUGUGCAUUUGCCAACUUCAUGCAUCCAUUUAAGAGAUAGCACUUGAUGGAGAUGAUUCAUAAGCAAUUCAUUUAGAAAAAGGAUUUUUGUUUUUCUGCUGCACUUGCUGUCUACAGACUUAUCUAAGAUCCUGUGAGACAGUGUUUUAGCUCUUUCACUCCAGCGAUAAGCAAUCCUCUCAGCUGGUUGCUUGCUUUUGAUUUUUCUGGUAGCUCAUAGGACCUGUGUCAUUAAGAGAGAGUGUAAUCUCUUUAUACUGGCUUAACCACAAGAGAAUUUGAUUAAUGUAAAGUCAGUAUGAGAACUGAAUCAAAUGACAGAGGUGCUGUUAAAGCUGGUACAAGCAGAUGUAAAGCACUAAGAAGGGAAAGCCAGUAUUCUUCCCAGACAGUCUUGUUUUUUUGCAAGCAAAACUCAGUUUUAGUGGUAAAGCAUUAUGCAGUGUAUUAGCAUUCUUUUAGUGUAUUUAGUAAAUAUGUCACCUCAGUAACUGGAGACUUAAUUACUGUAGUCUGUGGUAAAUCCUUUCGGAGAUGUGAGGAAGUGCUUUGGGUAUAUUUAUGUUACAAGAGUUACCACUACAAACUUAAAUAUUUAGGAGCUGUGGUGUUGCAUGCUUCCUGAUGAUUGCUGUAGAGUGUUCCUUCAUUUGUUAAGGAAAUAAAAAUGUACAUCAGCAUUUUUAUGAGAGACUCAUUAGGGAUGAGCACAGCAGCAAGAUGAUGAGCUGUCAUCUAUUGUUCCAGCUGACAAAUUAAGCCAUUCUUCUACUGAUAUGUGCAAGCCUUAUCCAAAUAUCCCUGCAGGCAGAAUUGCACAACAUUCCACCCUCCUUAUCACCGCACUUCUCCCUCUCGUCUGUGAUGUCGAGAGAUUAACGAACGCUUAUGGUGGAUGGGGGUUAAGGAAAAAUGCCUCAUUCAAAAAAACUUGUAGACCUAAUAAAAAUGAAGCUGUAUCAUGCUGACUGACACCAAAGCUAUAUAGUAUUUGGAAAAUCUAAAAGCAGAUUGAAAUUAUUAGGGGGAAAAUGCUGGUUCUGUAUCUGUAUCCCCAGUAUCUGAAGUGGUAAUUAACUUAUGAUAUAUGAUUAUAGUUAUGUUGGAGUCUGUGGAUGUUAAUGGGAUUCUGCUGUGUGAAGAAACACUUUCAAUGAGAUUGUCAUGGUUAUACAGGGGUGAAGAGGCCUGCUGAAAACCCUGCUUAUGAGCCUUACUACUACUCUGAAUGACUUUUACUGUUGUACUUUUACUCAAGCAUUUCUUGUCCUCAGAGGGUGGUGCUAUCAGUAGAAUGAGUCGAGUUUUAGGACUGCAAUGAAUUUCCAAUGUUCUCUUGUCUCUUUUUGACAAAGAAAUUGAGAGGCGACUGAUCUUGAACAAAACUUUGUACCCCUGAUACCUGCUCUGUGUAGAGAUGUCAUGUGAAGGUGACAGGGUACAAGUGAAUGACUAAGGCAGUGGGUCUGGGAGCUUUUCCAUGUUUAUCCCUACAAUCUAAACUAUGGCAUUAUGAGAGAAGCCUCAUCUACAAAAGCUGUAUGGCAGCAUGGCUCACAGGAGACUAAAAGGAGAUGGCCCUCUUAGCCUACUGUAUGUUGCAGAGAGCAAUGUCUUCAAUGUCCUUCCUUGCCAGGCAGUUUUUCUUUCAUCUGGCUGCUGGCUCUCCUCAACAUUGCAGGGUUUAGAGUAGAGCUGUCAUGGUCUGCUGCUAUGAUAGAUGGCAGCAGUAGAUCUUUGUGCUCUAUACUUAGAUAACCACUUGAGAAUGUGGAUAGGAAGGAGGCAAGAGAUGUCUUGUGCCUGCCCUGUGUAUGUGCACAGCAGGAGCCCUGACCUUGCUGUGACUGGCUUGAUGAGCAAGACCAGGAAGGAGAAACUUGAAGAGGAGGCUGCUCCAACUAGCUAACUAAGGGGCAUUGCACAAUGUAUAGGGAAAGGGUGUGAAGAACACUGGUGGUGUGGUCCCCACAGUUUCCACUCCUGAAUGAAGUCCUAAUUGCAGUGUCCUUGCUUUUUAAGGCCUUGCCUUCUGUGAUCACAGCAAUGGUAGGUGUAAAGGAAGCACUGAAUGUGUAUGCAAGAGCAAUAUUGGUCUCUGUGUGCGGGGCAUUUUACGAACUUCAAAUGAAAUAAAUAUGUGGGUUGGCCAGUUCUGUUUUCCUGGAUAUGUAUUUAUUGUUUAAAAGUUAAGCCUAUGAAUUCUUUCCCUCUUGUGACCCAAGAGAACAAAGUGGGUAGAAAUUGGUGGACCACAAUCAAUAUUGAAACCUUUGCAGUUGAGAAAUGCUUUGUGCAUAGAAGUCCAGCACCUAACCUGGUUUUAGAAACUUGGAGAAUUCAGAUAUACUGACCGGUGUUGGAACAGCUAAGGAGUGUCCUUCUCCAGAAUGGGCAGCCCUGGAUCUCAUUUGCUUCUUGCUGGAUUUUUUUGUCAGAUCUGAAGUAUGCUGGUGGUUCUCUGGUUGUUUGCCUGUUUUAAUAUGUAGAGGUAUUACAUUUUCCCCCUCCAUUAUUCUGCCAAAGAAAUGCUAACAAAUCCUUCUCUUUUGCAGGACUUUUUGGCUGCCCAUGGUACCCAAACUACUGUCCUGGUAUAUGUAUUCUUGUGAUGUUCUGGAUUUAGUACCAGUGUUACACAUGAGGAACAGUGGGAAGUCAAGUUACCUGCCUAGAUUCAUAGAAUAUCCUGAGUUGGAAGAGACCCACAAUGGUCAUCAAAGUCCAGCUCCUGGCCCUGCACAGGACAACCUCAGUCAGAUAAGGACAUUGCCAGGUCUGGAAGCUAAGCCCUGGGAUACUGAAUGGUGCUUCCAUGCCCUCGUUGCAAAGGCAGCACUUUUUCUAUGCUCAAAAUUAAUGGGACUGAGUAAGCAAUUGAACUUCCCCCAGAAGAACUGCUCUGAACCUUGUCUCUGAUCUCUUUGGUGGAUCUCGUGAGUGUCUGGGCAUUACGGGGUGCAAAGGACAAAAAAGUCUUUACAAAUUUUUGAGCUGUCCUUUACAUAUCCCGUGCUACUCAGCUGGCAACUGUACCAUGGGUAGUCCUCGACUUUGAUACUUUCCAUGCAGAAAGCUUCCAGCAGCACUGGCCUAAGCCAUUGCUGCUCAGCUGUGUCACCUGCUCAAGCCAUGUCCUUGGUAACUGCUGUUGCUGUUGUUACAUUUAGGAUUGAGUAGAAUUAUGUUCAUUUACAAGCAGGUAAGAUGUAGCUAAAAGGAGAUGCACUUGGAAAGGUAAAUAGAAAUGGAGGUGGUAUCUGUUCCAAGCAGCAAGUCCACCAGCUCUGAAUGCUGUUACAAAACCUUGGGGAAAGGUUUGUUCUUUCCUGUCCCUCUGUUUGGAGGUUCACCCACUCCUCCUGCUGUGGGAAGUAGCACUCCCAUGGCUGCUGCACUCUCCCACAUCCUCAGAGAUGGGACUGGGAUCUGACUGGCUGGGGCUGCUGGAGCAGCGUGGCUUGCAGGCAUGCAGCACUGCCCUUCCCCAGGGAGGAAGGGAGUGUGUGGCAGUGGAUUCAUAGUCUAUGGAAAGAAAGAAAACAAGUAGAGCUGUAUUUAUUCUCUGCUGUUGGACAAGUUGCUGGUUGGAAGCAGCCUAUUUAACUACUGAAGCUCCAAACAUUUUCUGUUUGUCAGCCAUGUGAUCACUUUGUAUUUAGGCUUGAUGGGGGGAAAACCUGGUGCCUCGCAGGAAGCCUGUGGGCUGUCUUCUAGAGGAAGCUUUCAAAUGUGGCUGACCACUCUGAUGUAUUCUGAAAAAUGGCUUUUUAGCAGAAAUCUUUGUUUAACAAAAUACUAGAGUAAAUGAGUUUUCUUCCAGAAGAGAUCUCUUAGUAGAAUUUAAAAAAAAAAGAAUUAUCCCCUUUUCAUGCUGAGAAAAACGGUCAUUGACUAUGGUGUCAGUUCCUGAGAAAACUGCCUCCCAAAAGCCAAGUUAUGGGGCUGGCUGAUUGCUGUCAAAUCCCUUUGCUUCAGUAAACUGAUACCUUAUUUUCUGACUUCCUCUAAGUCUCCUGAAGUUGUGCUACAUCCACAGCAAAUGGUUGGGUUAAUAUGACUCCUGGGCCAUCCACCAUGAAUCUGAGUGGUUUUGAAGGGCUGGGUCUGGUGAAGGGCUUUAGCUGGAAGAGGUCACUGAGACCACGUAAUUCUUACCAAGGGAUGAUGUCAAAUGGGGUUAUACAUCUGUAAGGGUGAUGUCAGAUGGGGUUGCAAAUCUACAGAGGCAUUUGACUUUAAUGCCAUUUGCUGAGCAACUUUUCUUUGAGUUCUGCAGAACAGCUCUGACUUUCCAUCUGACACUGAAAAUUUAAUCAUGUGCAAAAGAAACAUGCUCUGUCAGUGUAUCUCACUAGAGGUGGGUUGAUGUUAGUUGUGAUGGUAGUUGCUUUUGCUCUAUUUGAAAUAGCAUCUGCACUCAACUGUGCACCUAGGAAGCUGGAGCAUCACUUUGAGGGGUACAUGUGACAUUUUCUCUUUGCAAGAAUGAUGUAUCAUAAAUGAAAGUGGAGCUGGACUUCUCCACAUUGUUCAGGUACCUGCUAAUACCUCCCAUAAUUGCUAAUGUUUCUCAGGGUUAAAAAUGGCUAUCAGAACCUAUCAGAAGCUGUAAAAGGAAAGGGAAUCUAUCUUACUGGAAGGUAAGAUCUGAAUCUCUCCAACUCUGCAGCAGGUCUGAUCCAUGUCAACUUACUGGCCCCAGCCCAAGAAGCAGUUUGUUCUUUUCUGCAUAACACAGUAUUGAAAGGCUGCCCAGAGCAUGAAGGUAUAACUUUUCACUUAAAAAAAAAUUUAAAAAUACAAGCCUCCUCAGCAGCUGAAGUUAGCCACUGUGUGUCUCCUUAAACUGAAAGGGAGCAUCUUUGGACUGGAGUGUGGCCUGUGGUGAAGGCACAUGGUGUAAUUCUUGAGCAUGUCCUGUGCAGGGCUAAGAGUUGGAGGUGAUCCUUGUAGGUCCCUUCCGACUCAGGAUAUUCUGUGAAGAAGUGUUAUUUCUGUAUAGCUUGCACUGCUGUCUGCUUCAAAUGUUUUAUUUUUAGCAAAUUUUUAUUGGCUUGAUGUGUAGGAAAAAUAAAGACAACAUAUUAGCAAAAUAAUUGCCAUACCAGUGCAGCCUUUUGCUCCACAGAAAGGUUUUCUUAUUAAAGCUCCAGUGCUUUCUCUCAAGGAUGUACAACUGUGUUUCCCCUUCAUUAGAUUAGUACACACAUAAAGGAAAUGUUAAAAGAGCCACUUUUACUACAGAUUACUGUGUUCUGACACCAGCAGUUAGAAAAUUCACCUUGCUGCUCUCUACUGCCCUAGCAUUACUGGCCUGUCACUUGACAAAAGCAAGUUGCUCUUUUCCCUGGACUGUUGACUUUAAAGAAUUUGCUGUAAAUAGUCAGUGCCUUGCUUGUCUUAGAGGACUGCAGAGGAAAAAAAAAAAAUCUCACUUUUUGAUGUUCGAAGCCAGAAACCUCUUUACUCCCUUGGUCUGUAUAAGGUAAAAAUAAGUAAAGGAUGAAAAUCUGUUUCUCCUCACCUCAGGUCACUGCUGUCAGAUCUUUGCAUUGUUGGUGCAGUACAAUGGCAGGGGCAUUAGAUCAUCUAUCUUUACGUGGGAGCUCUGUGGCUUUUCACUGCACAUUUAUAGAGUAAAGUGAGGCCAUAGGGCCCAGAAUAAUUUUUACCCUUUGUGCAACAUAAUUUGAGAGAAAAUUUUCCCUCUCCUGAUUAUGAGUAGUAUUUCCUUCUUAGUGCUGUGUAUGGAAUGGUGCCUAUAGCAUUAAUGCUUCUCUUCUGCAGUGCAGUGUUAUAUUCAAGAGUUAGAGCUCAGGUGAGAUGGAGGCAGUAUCUGCUGCUCUCUUCUCCACCCUCUGCCUCAAUAGCACUCUGAGAUGGGACAUGUCCCAUGUCUGGGACCAAAAAGGUUGGUCAAAACCAGGGUGAGAGAAAGUAACAAAUUGUGGAGUUUGCUGACUCCCUCAUCUUUUGAUCAACUGUGACUUUUAUCAGGGACCUGCAUCUCUAAUUUCUCUAAUACUGAAUGCAGUCUGUGAACCUGAGGCAGGCUGUCUGCAUCUCCUCUCUUUAAGAUGCUUUGCAAGUGCCUCUGACUGAAUAAAGCUAAGUGAGUCCAUGUCCUGUGGUGUGACCUGGCCUAUAGCACAUCCCAGGUUUCUGAUUGGGAAUGGGAAAGGACCAUGUGUCUGCACUGUGUCUCUUCUGAGCAACUGCAUUGGGAAGGGCUGACAUGCAGCAAUUAUGGCAUCCAAAUGGAUUCACAUAGGAUGGCACAGGUUAAAUCGGGAGCAGACACCUCAGCAUCUAUGGCAUACACGCCAUACAGCGUGUAUGCAUCUGUACUGGUUAUAUGAUAUCCCAAAACCUCAGAUGCUUUAGCAGCUAGGAUUUUCCCUAAAUUCUAAUCCUGGAGGGGAGGGAGGACACAGUAAAGAACAAUAUAAUGCUAAUCUGCUUUCCUGUGGGCAUUACAAAAGAUAGGUUCUUUUGGCGAACGGUGUUCGUAUCUGUGCAGGGAGAAAGGGUUUCAAGAGCGGAACAAGGACUUAGGGAAGCAGAUUAAAAAGCUUGCUGUGGGAGUACUAAGCAGGAGAUGAACAUGGACUUACCUGAGCUGUGUGAUAUAUUCCUAUGUGUCCAUGUUGAGGCCAAGAAAGAGCUGGUACCUAAGAGGCAGGGCAGAGGCUGUUCUUGCCACAUCUCCAAGAUGCAGCAAGGCAUGAAGGCAGGCAGAAUUUUAUGCUCUAACUUUGAUCAGCAAUGGCCCUUUAAGGCAGAGCAAGGCGUGCAGUAUGGACACUGCCCAGUCCAAACCCAGCAGCCACGUGAACUCUCCCCAGGUGGGCAGUGCCAGGCUGGCACAGCAAGGGCCCCCCUCUCCCCCUGCCUGCGAUGACAGAGGGAGUCUGAUUGAACUUGCUGGCUCCCACUCGCUCUGCCCUAAUUUUCCUCAGGACAAAUCAGAAGAACCUGUCUCCGAGCGCAAGAUUUUGGGAAUAUGUGUCAGAGAUGCCUGUCAGUAAAACAUCCGUCUUGCCCUAAUUUCUGCAUGGAGUGCUGCAAUGUCGACUGAAAUAACCUUCCAAGCUGGCUCUGGUGCAGAGGAAGUAAUACGCAAUGAGAAAACUCUCAUCAUCUGUGCAUCAGGGAGAGAAUUACCGACUGUGUGCUGAGCAGUCAAGUUAUUGAUUCAAAUCAAAGCCCAGUCUCUCUGUCUGCUGGGCUGGUUACGUCCUGCUGGUUCAUUGCAUUUAAUCGGAUUCCCUGAGCUGCCACGCAGAGGGGGAGAGUUAGAACCAGAUCCAUCUAUAAUGUUCGCUUCAAAAUCCAGUUCUGUAUCCCCUUCUCCAUCCAUGGAACAGACGGAUUCAGAUGCUCUGGACAUCAGCACCAAAGUGCAGCUGUACGGUGUGCUCUGGAAGAGACCCUUUGGGAGGCAGUCGGCCAAAUGGUCCAGGAGGUUCUUCAUCAUUAAGGAAAGUUUCCUGCUGUACUAUGCUGAGAGUGAGAAGAAGAGUUUUGAAAGCAAUAAAUACUUCAAUAUCCAUCCCAAGGGUGUCAUACCCCUGGGAGGCUGCAUCGUGGAGCCCAAAGAAGAGGCCAACAUGCCUUAUGCCAUAAAGAUCUCUCAUGAAGACUUCCAUGGUAACAUUGUUCUAGCAGCCGAAUCAGAGUUUGAGCAGGCUCAGUGGCUGGAGAUGCUACAGGAGUCUGGAAAAGUGACCUGGAAGAAUGCCCAGCUGGGAGAAGCCAUGAUCGAGAGCCUGGAAGCUCAAGGACUACAGCUGGCCAAGGAGAAACAGGAAUAUUUAGAUAAACUAAUGGAAGAAACAGAAGAGCUAUGUCUGCAGAGGGAGCAAAAAGAGGAACUUGAGCGUCUGAACCAGAUCCUGGAAGCAGAGAAGCAGCGUUUUGAAGAGGUGGUUCGGGAGCUGCGGCUGGAGCAGGAGGAGAUCAGACGGGAGCUGGAGCUCACAGCCCGCUCCCUUAAAGGAGUGGAGGAAGAAAAGAAAGAGUUGCGAAGCCUGACACAGUCCUUACAGAACACCCUAGAGGAGCUCUCCCUGGAAAAACAACAAAUGCUGGAGAUGCUGGAAGAAAAUGAGAGCCAGGUCCCGCCUCCAACCAGCCCCAGCAAGGAGCAAAGUCCCAUCUGGGGACUGCACUGCAGCCUGCGACAGAUUGAAGAGAAGAUGCAGCAACUUCUGCAGGAGAAACUCCUGGCAGAGAAAAGGAUGAAGGAGAAUGAGGAGCGGUCCCGAGCACUGGAGGAGGAGCGGGAGUUUUACUCUUCCCAGUCGCAAGCGCUGCAGAACUCGCUCUCGGAGCUGACUGCAGAGAAACAGCAGGCAGAGAGAGACCUCAAGGCUGAGGUGAAGGUACGCAUGGAUCUGGAGAAGAGACUGAGAGAAGCUGAGGAAGCAUUGCAGAGCUUGGAGCAAGGCCUAAAUUCUCUGGAUUGCAACAAGGAGAAAGAGAAGAAGAUGAAAGCAGAUGUCAGUAAUUUGAGAAAGUUCUUUGAAGAGUGCAUCCGCAACGCUGAGCUGGAGGCCAAGAUGCCUGUGAUCAUGAAGAACUCCGUGUACAUCCACAAGGCUGCCACUCGCCGCAUAAAGAGCUGCCGCUUCCGCUGCCGGAGAACCAGCGCUUCAUGGAACGACAUGAAACAGUCCCAGUCCUUCAUCUUCUCGCAUGCAGAAGCUGAAAACAUUGAGGAGCUGAAAGAAGCAGCCAAAAGACUGAGCCGAGACCAGCGCUUUAGGAAAACUAUCUAUCAAAUCAUGAGGUCGCAAAAGGAUUCUGCUUCAGGGGACAAAAAGUGACUCUUCUUGGGAGGGGGCUUCUGAGAUCAACUUGCCAUUCAGCUCCACAAAAGUUACAGCCUUGGGCACUAGGCUCAGAAGGGAGGUUUGGCAUUUGGUGGGGAAGGUGGAGGAGAGCUGUGUGUAGGCAAUCCCUUCAGUUAUUGGCUUUGCUUUAGUUUGAGUGCUCCCUGUACUUGGCAGACCUUCUCUGCUGAUCACUCCAGACCCGUUUGCUUCAGCUGCUUACAUUAAGCCACAUUUUGCCAAGAUGCCACAGUCAGUGUUAGAGUGAACCAGAGACCGUAGUUUAGGAAGCGCCUCUUCUUUCCUUGCCUGUCUAGUCUGUCUGCCAAACACCAAGUGCUUCUGAGGAAGCCUUUAGCAGCCUAUGUUCCAGCUAGUGUAAUCUCCUCAGCUGAACAGAGCUCACCCUGCUCUGCCUGAUCCUCUCUAGGAGAUGGCUCGCUGCACACCCUCAGUCCUUCAGCACUUUGGAGGGGCACAUUUCCUGAAGACUGCACCAGUCCCAGCCUCCCAAGCACAGGUUAAAGUAUCAAACACAAGGGCAAACUUUUUGUCUUGAUGCUACAUCAUUUCAAGCCAACAGCAGCAACACAAGGUGAAGACAACAGGAGGAUGCUGUGGAUUUGGGUCCAAGGAGGAUCAUGUACAGAGAAGAGCUUAUAGGUAACACAGUGGCAUAGAUGCAAGCUGGAGGGGGGGUUGUGUUGUGUUGACAGAACAUUCCAGGGCCACCUUUGCACAUUUUUUGCACAUCUAGCUGUGUCAGAACAGGGGAAUAUGUCCUAGGGAAGGUGUUAUCUGCUGGCUAUUUAUUCAUCAGCGUGAAGAAGCCUGUGACUCAAUUCUGAUGCCUUCCUCAACACCUCUGUAAAACAAGUUAGAGGGCAGGAGGGUGAGGACUGUCCAGCAACAAAACCCGCGACCACUUAUAGAAUUAAACAACGUCAGCAGCAAGCUGUCAGGGCUGUGGAAGUGGAGGAAGUCAUCUCUGUAUGUGCUGCAGUGAAUAGCCUGUCACUGAGGCUUUGUACUGCUCUCUACCAGUCCUCUUAAUUGCAAUCCAGGCUGUCUUGGUCAAACUGGGACCUCUGUCAAGUCAAAGCUGGAUCGGGAGCAGUGCUGUGAACAGCCUGUUAGAGGAGAGCUUUUCACCAGCCUCUGAGCCCUCCCAAUUGCUCACCACGUGCUUAUCGAAUGGGAGAAUUUGCCCUGCAUGUGGUCAUCUUGUGUGGUACAGGAGAGGAGUCACUUUGUUGUGGAACCCCUUGCAGCCUCUCCCACCUAUUUAAGUGAGCAGCUGGCUAACAAUUACCCAUGCACUGCCUGGUGCUUACAGAGCACAGGAUAAGCACACUCAGAGUAACGCCCUGUUUUCUCCUGUGUAUUAAUUGGGAAAUAAAGAAAUAGACAAUACAAAGGUGAAUAAAGUUAGCAGCAGAAGUACAGUUAGAGGGUCUUAAAGUGCAGAUUUACUGUACCUUUCAUGGCAUCAGGACUCCUGGGUAUUGUGCAUGUCCAGUGACACGUGGGUAGUUGCUUGCUACUGUCCCAUUCGGAUUGUGACAGUGUCCAUUCACAGCCUUUGGCUUCUGGUCACCUACAUAAUUCCCUACCACUUUAGUGUUGUUCCUAGGGAGAAGUCUAGGAUGAGGCUGGGAAGCAAGCCCUGGCUUACCAGCCAGCACAAGGGAUUGGUGCUGGGUGGAGGAGCAUCCUGUGACGGUGUGAUGCUCCUGGAUGGAAUCACUCCGGUGUGACCAGAGGAAAAGCUUUGAAAGCACAGACGGUACUUCCCAUUUCAAUCAGUUACUGACUAAUAACCUUCUGCCAGACAUUGGGAGGUUUCAUCCAAUCAGGGGAUCCAGUUGUGGAGGGUGAUGUUUUUGUGAUAACAGGCGAUAAGCUAGGAGAAGAUUAUUUCCAUCCUUCCUUAGCAUACCUGAUCCUUCUGUGGUUUAUCUACUUGUGUUUAUACACUAGAAAGCUGCAAAUGAAUUCUUGCUCCUACAAGGCUGAAGGGCUGUGAUAAAGCAAUACAGAAAUGGUUUUUCCCUUUUUGCUGUUCCCAAACAAUCUCUAGCUAUUUUCCAGUUAAAAGGUCUAUAUUAUGUGAUGCUGGAAUGGAUGGAAUAAAGGAUAGCUAGGGAAUGUAUCUGUAAUUCAGGCAGUUAGGAGAAUCACCCUGUGGCCUGCAAAUACAGCAUUUUUGUUCUAUUAUCAUCACAGCCACAAUAUCAGACUCUUCAGAAGUAUUGUAUGCAGGAGGUAGCCACAUCAGGUCUUCCUUUACUGUGCAUAUUGACAGCAAUAAAUAAAAGUUAUGCUGACAC